AUGGUGGAGUUUCAGCCGGGGACCCUGCUGUGGGUCAACUGCGAUGACGGGGAGUGGUGGCCCGCAGUUGUGCGGAAGAUGGACAACGAUUCGCUCCUCGUGGUGGGUGAAGGGUACGACAUAUGUGUUGAGUUUUACCACGACCCCGGAAACCUUUAUCCGGUGGACUUGGGAAACACCGGUGUUCGCGUGCUUCACAGAGCUGUGGAUGAACGGGAUGCGAUGGAGGAGGGUUUUUUCCGUGUGCAUGCAACACAAGAGGCCGUAAAAAGGGUCUUGCUAGAUGAUACUCACAGUGGUGGGGCACCAACGGAGGAGGAGCCCCCGCCGUACAGCCCGGAGGAGUUGCAGUGCAUGUCUGCCCUUCUUAAAUCGGUCAACCACGCAACUGCAUCUCAGCUAAGGAAGACGCUUUUGGCGCAAGAGGGGAUCGAUUUAUCCUCACGAAACAUCAGACAACGGAUAACUGAAAAGGAUCGGAGGCGUCGCAAGCGGCCGGCGCGGCAUUUGGAGGAAGCUGGACCGUCAUCUUAUGACGUCAAAGUGGUUCGUGAGGCCGAUUCCAACCCUAGGCCUGCCGAAGCGGUGGCGGUGGCGGUGCCGCUGGUAAGUGAUCCGGAGUGGACCUUUCAAGAAGCUUUUGAUCCUGCUGCAUUAGACAUAGUACGAAAGGAGGUUUUUGAAAACAAGGAACGCUGUGUACUUUCACCAUUGUACAGAUAUUUGGAUCUUUUGGGAGCCGUGGCUGUGGAUGGCAUUCCCGUGGAGACGACGUUGCCCACCCCGAGGGCAUUACAUGAGGUUCCAGGUGAGAGACUGUUAGAGUCUCGGCGUGUCUUGCUUGUUGCUCUUUCAGCCUCUUCCUUUGAGCAUACAAUGGGUUGGAUGGCUCCUUUUGAGUAUGAAGGCACUACCAUAGCCAUGACGCUUUUUGUGAAUGGGGCGGUAGUGAAGACUCCGUGUAACUCUUCGUUACCUUCAGGAAAGGAAGCUGUAGCUGUAAAAACCGCAACAGUAGCUGACAUAACAACACACGUGUUACACAAGGAUCUCUUUUCUCUUGCAGUUGGUUUUACUGGGUACAUUGAGGAUAUAUCGCUCUGGAAGGGUGUGAUUGCCGCUGUGUAUGUGGAUCUUAUUGAUAUGGAUACACUGGAGGACAGGAUUGUAUCCAAUUAUAAGGUACCACCUCGCCGUAAGAGCCGCGACGACGUCGUUGGAGUGCAGGUGAAGAUAACGUGUCCCAUCACGGCACUGCCGUUAAACACUCCCGUGCGAGGGUUUUUAUGCGAGCACAUGCAGUGUAUGGAACUACGCUCUCUCCUCAUGCACUGCGCGCGUACGAAUGUGUGGAAUUGUCCACUGUGCUGGGCGCCGACAACACCAGAGACAACUCUAGUUAACUACAGAUUAAAGGAGUGGUUGGAAACACACCAAACACAGUUGGACAAAGUGGAUUUUAUUAUCGAGACACCAACGGGCGUGCCUCUUCGUCCGGUAUGGAAGCGAAAAACUGCCAGAAAUGGUGCUGACGUCAUUGCUCUUGAAUAA